UCGCCCCACGCUCGCCACUAGUCAUCCCACUAUCGCCACCAGUCGUACCACUAUCGUCACCAUUCAUCCCACCAUCACCGCCAGUCGCCCCACUAUCGCCACCAGUUCCCCCACUAUCACCACCAGUCGCCCGGCCACCGCAGGUCGCCCCACCACCGGUCGUCCGGCCGCCGCCAGUCGGCCACCCGCGGUCGUCCGGCCGCCACCGGUCGCCAGGCCACCGGUCGCCCCGCCGGUUGCCUCACCGGUCGUCCGACCGCCACCAACAGUCGACCUGCUGCGGCUGGCAAUUGUCCCGCCGGCUGAGCAUGAGCAUUCUGAGCGCAGUCAGGGCACUCAGAAUAUACUUCUAGCUAAACUAUAUCUAAGGAGAUU